UUGGUUUUGAGUCUUGAUUGAUAGAUAAUAUAUUAUCAAUUAACAAUGGCGACCUUAUUACUUUCUAAUAUUCCUUCUUCACUUUUGUUUUGGAUGUUUUUAUCUUUUGUGGGUAUUGUUUUGAAGGGUGUCAAUGGACAAGGUAACCGUUGGCUCAACGGUCAUGCUACUUUCUAUGGAGCCAAUCAAAGUCCCACCACCCUUGGUGGAGCAUGUGGUUAUGAUAACACAUUCCAUGCUGGAUUUGGAAUAAACACAGCAGCAGUAAGUGGUGUGCUCUUCGGAGGGGGUGAGGCAUGUGGUGCUUGCUACCAACUCAUGUGCGAUUACAACCUCGACCCAAAGUGGUGUCUCCGCCGUGCAGUCACCACCAUAACUGCCACCAACUUCUGCCCUCCGAACAACAAUGGAGGGUGGUGCAAUCUGCCACGUAAGCACUUCGACAUGUCUAUGCCUGCUUUCUUUCGCAUUGCACGACAGGGCAAUGAAGGCAUUGUCCCUGUACCCUAUAGAAGGGUGGCAUGUAGAAGGAAAGGAGGAGUUCGUUUUACCUUGAAAGGACAAUCAAAUUUCAACAUGAUUAUGAUCUCGAAUGUGGGUGGUAGUGGAGAUGUUAGGGCUGCAUGGCUUCGGAGCUCCAGGACCCGAACUUGGGUGGGCAUGCACCGAAACUGGGGCGCAAAUUGGCAAAGCAAUGUGGAUCUUCGAACUCAAACUCUGUCUUUCAAACUCAUGUUGGCUGAUGGAAAAACUUCAGAGUUCUUCAAUGUCGUCCCUUCAUCAUGGAAAUUCGGACAGACCUUUGCUUCCCAAAAUCAAUUCACAUAGUUUCUAGUAUUAUUAAUUUCGAGACAUUAACAUGUCCAAGAACAUGCAUUUUUUGAAUGGUUCAAGGACAUAUCAUAUCAUAUCAUAUAAUUAUUUAUUUAUUAUUUACUAUUAUUAUUUAUUUAAAAUACAUAUAUAUAAGUUUAAAUAUGUGACAGGUCUGUCAUUUACAAGUGUAUUAUGAAUUUGUAAUUUUAUUACU